AUGGACAGAGAUCUUAAGGUGGACUUAAGGACAGUGAAGAAAAAGAUUAAGACAGAGAUUGGUAGUGUUCUUACGAAUAUGAAUGUUUUGAAGUUGGAUGCAUUGGUGAAGAGCGAUUUGAAGUUGUUGAAGGAUAAGAUUACGAAACUUAGAGAGCAAGUUGAGAGUAGUAAUGUGGACGGCAAAGGUACUGGGAUUGUUGGUAAGCAGUUAAAGGACCUUAAAGAUCAAUAUGAUAUGCUGGAUAAAAUUACUCAUAACGGUGGCACUUCAAUCGUGGAGCAGACGAAGGGACUUGAAGGUAAGUUUAAGACUAUGAUCCAAGGGUCGCUUGACACUAAACUCAAAGAAGUUACCCAGGCGAUUGGGACGCUUGGCGAGAAGUUUGGUGUAAGCGGCGAUCUGAAUAAUUUUGAAAAGAUUUUCGGGCAUAUUAAAAGUAAGGUUGGGGAAAUUAAGGGGAAUGGUCAGAAAGGCAGAAUAAAAGGUAUAGAUGGAAUCGUCGCCAGGUUUAAGGCGUACGUCACGGGUGUUGGGGAAAAUAUGAGGAAAGAAAUGGCUGGUACCGGGACGGUUCAUGGUUGGCUUGACAAGAUUCUGACGUCGGAGACCCCCAAAUUACACGAUGCAUUUAGGGAACAGACUAAGGAAAAGCUUAAGGUUGCCGGCGUUUACAAUCAAGCUAAGACAGACUCCACCUUUACCGGCGCAACCACUGGCAAGCUUGCGGAUGGUUUGAUGUCUCUUAAGAGAUUGAUAGAGAAAUACGCCGACGUGCUUGAUAGAAAAAUUAUAGACGGUGGUAAAAAUGAGUUCGUCACUGGAUUAGUCGGAAUGGUUUAUAGUCACGUUAGCAACUAUGGCUCCCGCCCGGACAGAACGCAUCUCAUCCAUACUGUCGAAGCCGUACUAGCGGCGCUCACCGCCUACGCCAGGCGGGCUGCCGAGGAGAUCAAUUCGCUACUGCUCAGCAUACCCGACAAAGGUAGAGGAAGAAAACCCAGCGACCUAAGCAAGUCGCUGGUAGCGUCGCGAUCCAGCCAUUUCGUCAUACUGAGAUUCGAUCGUUCCCGAGUCGUAUUAGGUGAGACCCUGCGCCAGACGCCUCCGUUGGAGUGCCGCUGCGUCACCGCCAAGGGCAUCGUUCUCUCCACCAUCCAGAUCGAGAAUUACUACUCAAAGUACUGA